UCGGGACCGGAUCUCUCUCUCUCUCUCUCUCUCUCUCUCUCUCGGAGGAUGAGUCUACAGGCGCUGCACGAGCCGCUCGGGAGGAUCGCCUCUGAGCCGGUUGAAGAUGUCGAUCCCAGCAGCUUCAUUACAGACACGUCUCGCUCACUGAAGUCCAACUACCCCGUUCAAGUGACUGAUCCACAUGACAACGUGACUCUCCAGCUUUGUUCAGUGCCUCCAGGAUUCCUCACGCCUUCCACAGACAGAAUACAGCAGCCUGUUGAAAAUGAUGCAAGUGCACUAAUCUGUCCGGGAUCUAUUACUCCAGAGUUCACGCCAGAUCUCCAGUGUUUGUCGAGUUCCUGUGAGAAGUGCCUGUACUCUGUUCCACCUCCUAAAAUCAGCGACCUGCUGGACGAUGAGGAUCUACUCUACACUCUGCGGUUGAAGCUCGACCCUGCGCACUACACCGUCAAGAACUGGAAGAACUUUGCCAGCCGCUGGGGCAUGAGCUACGACGAGCUGAUGAUGCUCGAGCAGCGGACACACGGCUCCACCUCCCACAGUCCAACUCAGGAGUUCCUGUUCCGCUACAGCCAGAAACCGGUGACGGAGCUUACCAAGCUCUGCCAGUUUUACCAACGUAUCGAUGUACUGCGGCUCCUUCAGCAGUGGGUGGAAAAUGACUGGCCCUCACGUUGGAAACGAGUACAUUAGCAAAACAGACAUUAAAAAGAGGGACAUGAGGGUGGCUUGUGGAAGGCAUCGAAGUGGUCCACUGCUGCUGGACUGGUCCUGGAUUCUGCUGUUUUUACUUUUUGGAUUUUUUUGGCCUUUCUGUAGCUGUAUGAGGGUGCCUGAUUUUAUACUUUUUUUUGAAAGCGUAUAAAUUGUCAAGCCUGAAAACACACAAUGAAAUGGUUUAAAUUGUUUUAACUGGACAUUACAGCAAAUUAACCCCUGUGUCUGUGGUUGAUGUUUGCAUGUUGCAAAAAAGAAUGAAAACACACAUACUGACUCAAACUCCUCUUUCAAGAAGAGAAUAGAUACAGUAUUUACAGAGCACUAAAUCCUCACCAAUGAGGAACCCCUUUAGAUGAUUGAUGUGUUUGCACAGUCUAUGUUGGGUAAUGCAGUGACCAAGCAUUAAUUGACAAAGCAUAAAUUCAUCAAUCAUACAGAAUGAAAAUGUUUUAUUUGAACGCUAAGGCAUUGCAAUCCUGAGAUUCUUUGUUAGAAAUAAGGGAUCCUGAGGGGUUCUUUGCUUUCCAUGUGUACUCGACACUGAUGAGGAAGCGAAUUCUUGUUGAGCUCUGCACAGGUUCCUGAACAAAGGGUCUAUGGAUCUAUGCUACUCGGUUACAGGGACAAAUUAAAUAAUAAUUUUGGGUUCUAUGCAGAAUGCUGCAUGCAGUAUUUUACUGGGUUCGCUUACAGUUAGAGUUCUCCUCUUUAUGAAUUUUGGCAUACCAUAUAGUUUUGGUUCCUUUAGUUACUAUGAUUCACCAAAUGUUAAAAGAGAGAAAAAGAUUUCUUAUGGAUCCUCACACUUUAUGGUAUUUUGUACUGAAAAGCCCUGCAGUCUGGGACCUUCUACUGAAUAAAAUUAUGGGAAAUAUGACACUAUUGCCUUGGGUCACAGUUGUCCUCAUGGUGCCUUUUACACAGAACUUACCAUAUGUUCUGCUAAACACGCCCUUGUUCACGCUAGCAAGCGAAAAAAUCACUUGCACUGUUACCUGUGGAACAGUAGUAACUAUGCAAAUGCUGAAGCUAACAAGUUAAACACAAAUUUAAUAACACACUAAUCGGUGUGAAAAUCAGUUCUGUGGUUUACAUCACAUGCUCCAGACCAAGAUUAAAUUAACAAAGCAAGCUUUUAUCGUACCAAACAUUUAAAUGAUUGGACCAUACUUCCACGCUUUAUAUUUCUUCCUAUUGUCUCUCUGCGCAUUUAAUGAAAGGUCAUACAUGACAGGAGAAGAUGAAACCAUAUGUGUGUUCUUCCAGUUUGUGUAUAAAACAAUAAAAGGGAACUGAAUGCAAGCAUGAACUAAAGCUGUGAGGAAGGCUAGACUGUGUAACGAAUGGUCCGAGGAAUUGUUCCAGAUAAAUGUUUAGACUUCACCACAACACCUCAACUUUAGGCAACAACAAGGGUUCAAAAAUGAUACAAGUGGUCAGUGUGUUGAGAAAACUUCCACUGCAAAUCCAUUACUUUUGAUUUAAUAGUUUUCUUUAAACUGUUUUAUUUCUGCAAUGUGAAUUGCACUUAUUCAUGUUUGUUUGUUUGAUGUAUUAAAUUUAAAAUUCAGAAAUUCUUACUAUGAGCCUCCCAGGGUUUCAUAGACAUAUACCAUAACUGUUGUACAAGUGGGCCACAUUGUGUGUGUUUGUAUGUGUGUGUGUGUGUGUAUGGGUUUAUGUAUGAAUAUCAUUCAUGUUU